CCUGUUCUUGUUUUUACUCUCUCUCUCUCUCUCUAUGUGGGUAUUUUGUUUUCUAUUUUAUUUGUGGGUGUUGUAUUUGCUAUUACUCAGUGUUCCAAUCAUUUUCUGGGGGGCGCUGUGUACAGGUAAAAUAUAUACAGUUGUGCUCAAAAGUUUGCAUACCCUGGCAGAAAUUGUGACAUUUUGGCAUUGAUUUUGAAAAUAUGACUGAUCAUUCAAAAAAACUGUCUUUUAUUUAAGGAUAGUGAUCAUAUGAAGCCAUUUAUUAUCACAUAGUUGUUUGGCUCCUUUUUAAAACAUAAUUAUAACAGAAAUCACCCAAAUGGCCCUGGUCAAAAGUUUACAUACCCUUGAAUGUUUGGCCUUGUUACAGACACACAAGGUGACACACACAGGUUUAAAUGGCAAUUAAAGGUUAAUUUCCCACACCUGUGGCUUUUUAAAUUGCAAUUAAUGUCUGUGUAUAAAUAGUCAAUGAGACAAAGUUUGUUAGCUCUCACGUGGAUGCACUGAGCAUAAUGGAAGGUAAUGGAAUUUUAUAAAGAUGGAAAAGGAUAUAAAAAGAGAUCCAAAGCCUUGAAAAUACCAGUCAGUACUGUUCAGUCACUUAUUAAGAAGUGGAAGGUCAGGUAGACCAAGAAAGAUUUCAGCCACAAGUGCCAGAAGAAUUGUCUGGGAUACAAAGAAAAACCCACAGGUAACCUCAGGAGAAAUACAGGCUGCUCUGGAAAAAGACGGUGUGGUUGUUUCAAGGAGCACAAUACGACAAUACUUGAACAAAAAUUAGCUGCAUGGUCGAGUUGCCAGAAAGAAGUCUUUACUGCACCAAUGCCUCAAAAAAGCCCAGUUACAAUAUGCCUGACAAUACCUUGACAUGCCUCACAGCUUCUGGCACACUGUAAUUUGGAGUGACGAGACCAAAAUAGAGCUUUAUGGUCACAACCAUAAGCGCUAUGUUUGGAGAGGGGUCAACAAGGCCUAUAGUGAAAAGAAUACCAUCCCCACUGUGAAGCAUGGUGGUGGCUCACUGAUGUUUUGGGGGUGUGUGAGCUCUAAAGGCACAGGGAAUCUUGUGAAAAUUGAUGGCAAGAUGAAUGCAGCAUGUUAUCAGAAAAUACUGGCAGACAAUUUGCUUUCUUCUGCACGAAAGCUGCGCAUGGGACGCUCAUGGACUUUCCAGCACGACAAUGACCCUAAGCACAAGGCCAGGUUGACCCUCCAGUGGUUACAGCAGAAAAAGGUGAAGGUUCUGGAGUGGCCAUCACAGUCUCCUGACCUUAAUAUCAUCGAGCCACUCUGGGGAGAUCUCAAACGUGCGGUUUAUGCAAGACAACCAAAGACUUUGCAUGACCUGGAGGCAUUUUGCCAAGACGAAUGGGCAGCUAUACCACCUGCAAGAAUUUGGGGCCUCAUAGACAACUAUUACAAAAGACUGCACGCUGCCAUUGAUGCUAAAGGGGGCAAUACACAGUAUUAAGAACUAAGGGUAUGCAGACUUUUGAACAGAGGUCAUUUCAUUUUUUUCUUUGUUGCCAUGUUUUGUUUUAUGAUUGUGCCAUUCUGUUAUAACCUACAGUUGAAUAUGAAUCCCAUAAGAAAUAAAAGAAAUGUGUUUUACCUGCUCACUCAUGUUUUCUUUAAAAUGGUACAUAUAUUACCAGUUCUCCAAGGGCACGCAAACUUUUGAGCACAACUGUAUUAUACAAGGCUGAAUGUGCACUAAUGAUAGUGUGUUGCGAGCAGCCUCAUAGACACAAGUUCUGGUCUCGUGGAAACCAGGAAGUAAUCGCCUUCACAUAAUAAAUUAUGAGCGCGAUUCGUAGGUUUCAUUUUUGCUCUUGAAUUACAUUUUUACUGCACUGAUGGUUAGGUUUAGGGUUGGGGUUUUGGUUAGGGCAUAUGGUUAAUAAAAUAUGUAUUCCUGUUGAUUAUUUACAAUUAAAAACAACUCACUUUAGAACUUGCUUUUGGUGCCACUCUGUGGACAUUUUAUCUGGAAAACUUCCAGCUUUGGCCACUGGGGGCAGUGAUUAAAAUUAUGGUAAGCACAGACUGAUUACAGUUAAAGAACUUCCGACCUACUGUUGCCAAAUGUACAGUGAGAUCUUCUUAAUACUUUGUCAUUCUAUCAAGCAUUUUAUUAGACAACAUUUUUUACACGUCCAUGAGUGCAAGUGCAGUACUUUUUGGAUUGUUUUCCAGAAAGAGAAAGACUGUACAUUUUAAAUGUGUAUAUCUGAUAAAAGAGUACUUUGCCAGAUUUUAAGAGUAUACUAGCAUAUAGAUGGCUUCAAAGAUGGACUAAAACACAUGGACUAAAUUCAUAAAACUACCAUUUUGAUUUCAUGCAGUCUUUAACAUUGAACAUAUACAGAAUGUACAGCAAAUAUGUAAUCUCACAGAGCCAGAGUUUUAACGGCAUAAUGUCUAGUCAACUUAUAGCCAAAAACUGCCCAUUUAGACAGGAAUAGGACCAUCUGACCAACAUGUAAUGGCCAAAGUGGCCAUUGUUCAUUGUUCAUGACUUCCUUUUUUACAUGGGUAUAAAUAUGAGGUAACACACAAGCCAAAUUCUCUUAGUCAUCCAUCACAGUGGGUAAGACCAAAGAAUAUAAAUAUGAUGUGCGGCAAAAUGUUGUUGAGCUUCACAAAACAGGAAGUGGCUAUAAGAUAAUAGCUAAAGCAUUGAAAAUGCCCAUUUUCACCAUCAGGGCAAUAAUUAAGGAGUUCCAAUCAACUGGAGAUGUUAAGAAUCGGCCUGGAAUCCACGCACGGUGAGGAGGAUGGUUAGAGUUGCCAAAAAUUCUUCAAGGAUCUCAGCUGGAGAAUUAAAGGAAUUAGUUGGGUCUUGGGGACAGAAAAUCUCCAAAACUACAAUCAGAAGUCACCUACAUCACCAGAAGUUGUUUUGGAGGGUUUCAUGAAAAAAGCCUCUGCUCUUAUCCAACAAAACUCAAGCAUCUUCAGUUUGCCAGACACUACUGGAACUUCAAAUGGGACCGGUUCUAUGGUCAGAUAAAACAAAAAUAGAGCUUUUUGGCAGCAAACACCAGAGAUGGAUUUGGCACACACAGAGAGUUAGCCAUAUAUGGAAAAGUACCCCAUGCCGGUUAAAUAUGGUGGUGAAUUUUUAUUGUUGUGGGUCUGUUUUUAUGCCAGAGGUCCUGGACAUCUUGUUCGGAUACAUGUCAUCAUGGACUCUAUCAAAUACCAACAGAUAAAAAAAUAAAAACCUGACUGCCUCUGCUAGAAAGCUUAAAAUGUGCUGUGGUUGGAUUUUCCAGCAGGACAAUGAUCCAAAACAAACAUCAAAAUCAACACAAAAAUGGUUCACUGACCACAAAAUCAAGGUCCUGCCAUGGCCGUCCAAGUCCCCUGACCUGAACCCCAUAGAAAACCUGAAGAGGAGUGUCCACUAACUUGGACCUCAGAAUUCGAAGAAUCUGGAGAAAUUCUGUAUGGAGGAAUGGUCUCAGAUCCAGGAAGUCUCAGAGAUGUUAUCUUGGCAAAGGGAGGUUGCACAAUGUAUUGAAUAAAAGGGUGCCAAUAAUUGUUCCACAAAUAUAUUUGACAAAAAUAUUUGUUUUUUGAUAAGACUUGUUGUGUUUGCAAUUGUUUGAUAUCCAUUAGAGGAUCGAUGUGAGGGGCCUGAUCCUAAGGAUGGCCCUUCCUAUCACCAUCAACCCAUGUUCAGUCAUUACAUAUCUCAUAACCACUGGCGUAGAUUUGCUCUGAAGGGGGUUAAUGGUCCCCUCCCAAUCAUGUGUCUGUUCUUAUUUACAUAUUUUUAAUCAACAUUGAAAAAUAUUGAGUAUGAGUUACUGGCCAGUAAGGCAAUGGCAUGACUGUGAGUCUGUGAGAUACACUGAAGCUCCCCCUCGAUCAUGACAAGAUGAAGAGAAGCGCUGCCCAGCAGACAAUUUUGCAUCGCUGGGUGAAGAGGGAUUGUAAAAAACAAAUAAAACCUGUACUCAUAAGAAGGUAGGAUAGUACUGUAUUCUAGCUAAUAACACUCCAGCUAUACUACACUGCCUGGCCAAAAAAUAAAAGUUGCCGUUUGGAUUUAAAUAAGCAGAUACUUAAGAGCCUAUGAUUGGAUCAUUAUUGCAGUGAUUAAUAUGUUUCAGCUGGCAACAAUUCUUUUAAACCUAACUGAUGCAGUGUGUAGCUUCUCAUUUCUUAAACAACCAUGUCGGAAGAUCUCCCGUGGUCGUGGAAAAGAUGUUACUGUGUUUCAGAAGGGGCAAAUUAUUGGCCUGCAUCAAGCAAAGAAAACAACUAAGGAGAUUGCUGAAAUCACUGGAAUUGGGUUAAGAACUGUCUAACGCAUUAUUAAAACCUGGAAGGAUAGUGAUGAACCGUCAGCUUUGCGGAAGAAAUUUGGUUGGAAAAAAAAUCUUGAAUGAUCCUGGUUGGAGAUCACUAAAAUGCUUGAAGUCACAUCGUAAUAAAUCAACAGUAGAACUCACGGCUAUGUUUAAUAGUGAAAGUAAGUAAAUUUCCACAUGCACAAUGUGAUGAGAAUUUACAGGAUUGGGACUAAACAGCUGUUUGGCCACAAGAAAGCCACUUGUUAGUGAGGCUAAUCGGAAAAAAUGACUUCAAUUUGCUAAGGAGCAUAAAGAUUGGACUGUGGAGCAAUGGAAAAAGGUCAUGUGGUCUGAUGAGUCCAGAUUUACCCUAUUCCAAAGCGACGGGUGCGUCAGGGUAAGAAGGGAAGCGUAUGAAGCAAUGCACCCAUCAUGCAUAGUGUCCACUGUACAAGCCUCUGGAGGCAGUGUUAUGAUCUAGGGUUGCUUCAACUGGUCAGGUCUAGGCUCAGCAACAUUAUGUGGCAAUAAAAUUAAGUCAGCUGACAACCUGAAUGUACUGAAUGACCAGGUUAUCCCAUCAAUGGAUUUUUUCUUCCCUGACAGCAGGACGACAAUGCAAGGAUUCAUCGGGCUCAAACUGUGAAAGAGUGGUUCAGGGAGCAUGAGGAAUCAUUUUCACACAUGAAUUGGCCACCACAGAGUCCUGACCUUAACCCCAUUGAAAGUCUUUGGGAUGUGCUGGAGAAGACUUUACGGAGUGGUUCGACUCUCCCGUCAUCAAUACAAGAUCUCAGACAAAAAUGAACUCUGGAUGGAAAUAAAUGUUGUGAUGUUGCAUAAGGUUGUCGAAACAAUGCCACGACGAAUGCACGCUGUAAUCAAAGCUAAAGGCGGUCCAAUAAAAUAUUAGUUUUUUUUUUGCCAAGCAGUGUAUAGUUAGUUAGCUACUUCCUUGCAAUUCAAUCCCACAACUAUCAAUAAAACAAUUUAGCAAAAACACAUCUUAACACAUGUUAACUGAAUAGCUCGCAUUAAUCAACGUGGUUGUUCACACUGAAAGCCUUGCGUACCUUCAAUUGAUGGAUGCCCUGAUCAGGGAUGGAUUAUGGUCUAGUGAGGCCUCGGGGCACCAGCUUUCUGAUGCAGUCCUGUUAUUAUUAUAUCUUAAGGAUAAAUUAAACUUGCAUUAUUUCCCAGUGUUAGUAGUAACUCAGAUAGAUAGAUUAAGCAAUUAAGCAGUGACACUUUAGUGUCAAACCAAAUCUACGCCAUUACUCAUAACUGUGUCACUGUUGUACACACAGAUUCUGAAACUGUUGCGCUGAUCUGGGAUGGAAAGUGGAUAAACUUCCUUUCAUGCAUUUUAAUUCUGGAGAUGGAUGAAGACGAGAAACUUUCAUUAUUGGUGUAUGGUCAAUUACAGCUUUGAUUGUUGAAUCCUUCCAUUCAAACACCCACAUGCUAAAUCGAGCAGCAAUGAAAAUGAAAUACACACCAAAUAACUAAUAUUACUAAUGACUAAAUUUAAUUCACAGAGUAUUUUAAUUGAUGGAUGCACAGAGCUUUUCCACUGUUACUUGCACUCAGCAACUCACUCAAACGUGCUCUGAAUGGGCAAGUAAAUUAAGAAAUGUAUUAUUAUUUAUUUUAUACUCCAUGUGUAGAAUGUAAAAUCAUCAAUAUUGUGGUUAGCUAAGAGUACUGAGAAUUCAUUAAGAUCCAUGUUUUUAACCUCUUUUCCACCAUGCAGCUCAGAAUGAUACUAUCCCAGAUAAAGUAACAGAAUUUAAAGUCACAAAACAGAUGAUUUUCUCAUGGAAGUACUGACUAAGCCAUGUUUAAAAAAAGGUUAGACAAAGUUUGUCCGCAUCUAAUUUCUUCCAACAUUUCAUUUCUUACAAUGUAACUGAAAUACCACAAAGACUCAGUAUUGGUAAUAUUGGAAAAACUGGCAAUAUUGAAUUAGGGCUUGUAUAAGAAUGAAUAUAUUAUAAAAAUAAACAAAAUAGUAUACAAUGCAAAAUUCUGAAUGGCCUGUCUUUACUCCCUUUAAAAAACGCUGUCAGCAUGGUUGAGGCAAUUCCAGAGUCGAUGUUGGCUAUUCCAUAGUUAAUAUAAAAAUAUGAUUUUCAACAAUAAACCCAAAAUGGCUGUUUCUAGGUUAUUGUAAACUUGAAACAGCUUCAAAUACAAAGGUGAGUGGAAACACCACAGCUCAGACUUCUGGUUCUACAGAAAAGUAUACAUUUUUCAAAGUCCACAAUUAUGAGGCAAUUUCUCAAGUCACCAGCAGCAAGUGACCCUCUCAGUCCGGAGCUAAGAUCUUACUGUAGGAUCACAAAGGUUCACAAAUUAAGCUCUACCGAAAGCAUUCGAGGCAUAAUGUUGAUAACCAGAAAAUGUUUUCGAAAUAAGUGUCCAGUAAGGCACUUACAAUGGAAGUAAAUGGGACCGGUCCAUAAAACAUUAAAAUAUACACUGUUUCGGGGGCCUGGGUAACUCAGCGAGUAUUGACGCUGACUACCACCUCUGGAGUCGUGAGUUCGAAUCCAGGGUGUGCUGAGUGACUUCAGCCAAGUCUCCUAAGCAACCAAAUUGGCCCGGUUGCUAGGGAGGGUAGAGUCACAUGGGAUAACCUCCUUGUGAUCACGAUUAGUGGUUCUCGACUCUCAAUGGGGUAAAUUGUGCACGGAUCACGGCGAGUCCACAUGCGGAUUCUCCGUGGCGUCAUGCACAAUGAGCCAUGUGAUAAAAUGCGCAGACUGAUGGCCUCAGAAACGGAGGCAACUGAGACUUGUUCUCCACCACCCAGAUUGAGGUAACCGCGCCACCAUGAGGACCUAAUAAGUAGUGGGAAUUGGGCAUUGCAAAUUGGGAGAAAAGGGGAUAUCCAGCAUCCGGCUCGGCCUUAUCCCUCUCCUUGGCUGAUUAGCCUGAUUGGGGGCCGGCCGGGCGGACUCACGGCCCGGACCCACCCUCCUCCUCGUCACAGCUUGUUUUGUACAACAAAUAGCUUUAAGAGGUUGUUUCUCCAUCAUCUUAUCACUGACACUGAAUCACUGCUGUGUGUGUGUGUUGUAGUGUGUGCAUCAGUGCAAUGACUCUGGGCAGACACAUCUACACAUCGCAAUGGUUCCACCCUUCCAACAAGUGUUUAUGCUGUAUUAACGUUAAAUGCGUUAAUUGCAAUUAGGUUUAUAUAUAAAUAUUAUUAUUAUCCCCCUUAUUACGAAGUUACUGCCCAAAUACAUAAAUACAUGGACAUAAAAUAUUGAUUUGGUUUGAAAUUAUGUAAUUUGAGAAGAACGAAAUCGCUGAACUGCUAAGCUGAGUUCUUUCUGGUGUUUAUUUUGUCAUUAAUAAACGUCUGACUGCUCACUAUGCAUCUUAUUACAAGACUACUUUCCAAAUAAAUAAAUGCACAUGAAACAUUGAUUUGAGUUUAAAUUAUUUAAUUAGCUUAAAGAUCGUAGUGUGAUACGAGAAGCAGGAAAGAUGGCUCAGAUACCCGGAUGAGCGAUCUGAUACGUGGAUGUGAGGUAGUUACAGAGAAAUAUCAGACCAUUAGAUGGUGCCACUGACCAAUCAGAAUAGAGUAUUUCAGACAGCCUUGUAUUAAGAAAACUUAACGCAAUAAUCUUUAAUCGUAUGCGUUAACACGUUCAUUUUGACAGCUUUAAUUCCUACAUACUGUAUGUUUUAUGAUGUCUGACGAGAAAAACAAAAAAACAAAAAACAGUCAAAAACUGUUCUUAGAGUCUAAAUAAAAGCUGUCUGCAACAUAUUUACCUUGACACCAGAUCUGUGAUGACACACGUUGUUGAUGUUCUGCCGCCGUCAACAGGAAGUACGUUGGUGACGAAUAACUUAGUUCAUCCACCUAGAACAGUAGUCCCGCCACAAAAAUUAUGAUUUAAACAAAUUUCCAGGUCAAAUAAUACACGUUUUUACGGAAUAAUUAAUGGAAGUGCUUUAACAAAAAUAGGAGCAAAAUAUUUUGGCCUUUGAACCCUAAAAUAACUGGCUCCAUUUACUUCAAUUACAAGUGCCUUAGGCCCACUCUAACCCUGAUUUGUUUUGUUUUUUAAAUAAAACUAGGAAGUGGUAAUUAAUACCUUCUGUAUUAUCCUGGAUGAGACUGCUCCUUAAUCAAAUAUAAUCCAUAUUUCAAUAAAACAGCUUUUGAAAACCAAAACUUUGCUUUUUGUUAUUAAUAAUAGGUAUUAGGUAUUAAUAGUUUACUACAAUACUACACACUGUAUGUCAUGGUUUUAAUAAAGAACACAUUAAAACCACUACAUUAGAUAACCUAACAGUAAGGGGAACCAACCAUGCAAAGGAGGAGCUGCAUGGUGGAUGAGGGAUGCUGGAAAUUUUGUUUAGUAAAUGGUGAGAUAAGCAGAUGUCUAUAUCUUUAAAUACCUGAAUACAUGAGUCCACUAACAUCAAGCUCUAAACUGGCCCUUACCUUGGUGCUUUUAGUCUAGUUACGGCUUCAACCAGCAGGGCCAAUUUGGACCAUGUUAACCAGCCAAACCUUGACGCCUUUAUUAGGACUUCUUGGUUGCAACAGGAAUAAAAAAAGUAUAUGUUACAGACAUAUCUAUCCAUAUUCAUUGAAAACAGACAUAUCUGUUUUCAAUGAACGCAUCCUAAAUUCAUAAUUUCUAGGCUCAGUGAGUGCAGGACCUGUUGAAGAAACUACUUAAAUAUCUCCAUGCCAUGCCAACAUCAGUUGAACUGGCAUCUGCUGCUGUUUUCCUCCCUAACAUCCCAGAGACGGUUCUGACACCACAAACAGCUAAUUCUUGCUUGACCAAUCUAUUAGUCUGUUUGUCCAAACUAUUAAACCCUUUUUUUAAACUUCUCCCUCUGAAAUAGUUUUCCUUCAAACACCCUUUGUGUUUCUGAGACCAGUGAAUUCAUUGAAGUCAACAUAUAAUGCUGUUUGCAACCAGGGCCGGUACUAGAAUUUAUUUUGGUUGGGCACUUGUAUGUUUAGGGAGGGGCAAUGUUGAUCAUUUCGCUGUCAGUCAGGGUGGGGGUAUCAUAAGUUUCUUGGGGGGGCUCAUAUUUCCGAGUGAAACAGAAAACCUAAUUAGGAAAAAAAAACAGGAUAGGUUUUUAUUUAUCGGGAAUUGACUAGAUUGUAAAAAAAAGGGUGUUACAUACCAUAAUGGAGCCAGGUGGUUGGAGGGGAGGUGUUGAAAAAAUAAGAGGGAUUCAUGACAUAACCAAAAGGUUGUUCAAGAGGUGGAACAAGUUAUCAUUUUGACACAUUGUUUGUAUGGGCAGAGCAGGGUCCCUGUUCCCUUUUAUCACACAAAUGGGUAGAGUGUGACCAAACAGGUUUGGCAUGGGUGUAACUUUUAAAGAAAAACAUGAAGCACUUCAUUGUUUCUUAGAGAGAGCAAGUGUUCUACGAUAGGUAAGUUAAUAAAAUGUUUAAUAUUAUAUACAAAUAUUCUAUAAUAAACCCUUUAAUUUCUUGUAUUCAGUCUAUUUUGGUUAGUUUGUGUAGCAGCAAUUGCCUACUCUGUUUAUAGCUAGUGCUGGCCCUGAUUAUAGUCUUCUUUGUCCAAGACUGUAUGUUUACUUCAAAAAUUAAUGCGUGAAGCUCAAGUUAUUUGCGUUGUCUUAUUUUGCAAAAAAGCAUAAAAGAAAAGCUAAAGAAGUUACCAUGGAUUAUCUCACUUCUAAUUUACCUGAAGAGAAAAGAAAGCAGCUUUGUGCCUUGCUGGGGAAUGUGGAACUGAGUCUUCUCUAUAAAGCAUCUGUUCAUGGAUAUAAUGCUUCAGCCUUCCACCAGAGAUGUGACCAUCAGGGUCCCACCUUGCUUGUAGCCUACAACAGCUCAGGCUACAUCUUUGGAGGAUACACUAGUGUAGAUUAUGCUCAAAGUGGGCAGUACGUUGGUGAUGAGGACAUAUUCUUAUUUGGCUUUCAAGGCAAGAUCCCUGUCUGCGUCAAACUUAACAGUGGGCAUAAUGCACGUCUUGAUGACUCUGGAGUGCCUAGCUUUGGUCAACAGUUGUACUUUUGCUAUAACAACCAGCCAGUUGUGUUAAAUCAAGGGGUUAAUGCAUUCAGCAUUACUACUCUCUCAAUGUACGGGAAUGACACUCAGCUCAGUGAAUGUGAGGUGUACAAAGUGAUGCAGGUCCCUCAUGUCAGAGUUGAGGAGAAGCCAUGGAGGAAUGUGCAGUGGACAACCGAACGAAGAGGAGAACUUAUGGAAUUCAUCAAGAACCAUAAACCCCUUAUGAACUCUGAGAGCAGGGUUCGAAUCCUAAUGAUCGGUCCUGUAGGUGCCGGAAAGUCCAGUUUCUUCAACUCCAUUAACUCCAUCUUCAUGGGUCACGUGACCAGCAAAGCCAUGGCAGGAUCUUCAGGCACUAGUCUGACCACACAGUUUCGCACAUAUCCAGUUAAAGAUGGUCGUGAAGGAAAGCCAUUGUCAUUUGUAUUAUGUGACACUAUGGGAUUAGAAGAGCAGUCAGGAGCAGGAUUGGAUAUUGAAGACAUCAGCAGCAUUCUUCAAGGUCACAUAUCAGACCGUUAUAAAUUCAACCCUGUGGCACCAUUUCAAUCUGAGCAAAAGGCAUCCAGAUCUGCAUCUCUACAAGAAAAGAUCCACUGUGUGGUGUUCGUGAUAGACGCCACCAAAGUCUCCCUUAUGUCUAACAAACUGGAGGAAAAACUUACUGCUAUACGAAGAAAAGUGAACUCACUGGGCAUUACCCAGAUCGUCUUGAUGACAAAAGUAGAUGAGGCGUGUCCCCUUGUGGAGAAAGACCUUCAAAGUCUUUAUAUCAGUUCCUACAUCAAGACAAAGGUGCAUGAGGUGAGCUCUCGGUUGGGUGUGCCUGUGUCAUGUGUGUUACCAGUGAAAAACUACAGCCAGGAGUUGGAGCUGAACCUCAACUGUGAUGUUCUGCUGCUCACUGCUUUACAGCAGAUGCUUCGCUUUGCCGAUGACUAUUUGGAUGAUGUCAGACCCAUAGAAGGCAGCCCUUUAUAAAGUUUUAUUUAAUAUUGACUAUUGGGGAUAUAGGUAGGAAAGCUUUCUUCUAGAUGAGCAAAUCUUUGUAACUAAGUCAGAUGAUUGUGAUAUUCUGGCUACUUCAUAUUCAAACAAGUCUGUGCAAGAAUAUGCAUGCUUUAAGGCCAAAACAUACUCUACGCAAGUACGUAAACACAGAUGCAAGCACUUUGCCAGAACACUGCCAACACGUGUUUCGGUUGAACAUGCUUAACCCUUAAAUGCAAGAGCGUUUUGACAAACAUUAUUACAUACCUCGGGUCUUUAGCUACCCGGCAUUUAUAUCUAUCAGAAAUGGAUCAGCAAAAUGCCCAGAUAGUAUAAUAUAUUUAAACCAUUUUCUCCCCUAUUUGGAAUGCUCAGUUCCAAAUGCACUCCAAGUCCUCGUGGUGGUGUAGUGACUCGCCUCAAUCUGGGUGGUGGAUGACGAAUCUCAGUUGCUUCUGCGUCUGAGACUGUCAAUCCGCGCAUCUCAUCAUGUGGCUUGUUCAGCGCAUUACCGCGGAGAUGUAGCGCGUGUGGAGGCUUCACGCUAUUCUACGCGGCAUCCACACACAACUCACCACGCGCCCCACCGAGGCGAGAACCACACAUUAUAGCGACCACAAAGAGGUUAUCCCAUGAGACUCUACCCUCCCUAGCAACCGGGCCAAUUUGGUUGCUUAGGAGGCCUGACUGGAGUCACUCAGCACACCCUGGAAUCGAACUCACGACUCCAGGGGUGGUAGUCAGUGUCAAUACUCGCUGAGCUACCCAGGCCCCCCUUUAAAGCAUUUGAGACAAUUAGAAAAUUAAAUGUUAUAUUUUGGUGUUUUAUUUUUCAUAUCAAAGAGAUAAUGCAACAAAUAAUAGAACAGGAUACAUUACUUCCACGCUUAAAUUUUAUAAGACUCAACUGGUGGUCAAACGCACAUUGUGCUACAUUGAACACAAAUGCCUCAGGUCUGUAGCUUGCAUUUAAGGGUUAACAUGCGUUCUUUCAUUACUGUGGCGGGAACAAACCUUAGUAAUGGUAACCAAUAGGCGAUAGUUACUUUCAAACGUCUGUGCCAUUAAACUGGAUGUGUAAAUUUUCAGGUUGCUAUAAACAGUGUUGGUUAAGUUACUCUAAAAAAGUAAUUACUAACUACUAAUUACAUCUUCUACAGUGUAAUUAGAUUACUGUACCAAUUACUCUGUCUGAAAAGUAAUUGCAUUACUUAUUACUAAUUACUUUCUAAAACCCUGAACAACCUCGACCAGAUGAAAAAUACAAGGAUACAAGGAAAUAAAUUAUUCAUUAACUGGCCAAAGAAUUUAAGGGGGCAGCGUUAAAUUAGAAAACAUACAUUUUAACAUUAGACGUUAAAUUUCGAUUUUAAAUUCACUAUUGUUUUAUAUAGAAUUGUUCUAUAGUCUAUACAGUAUUUAACACAAUUACAUCAGAAGUAACUGUAAACAGUAAUCCCUUCACUUUUUUCAAUGAAAAAGUAAUUUCAUUACAGUAAUUAAUUACUUAGUAAUGCAUUACACCCAAGACUGGCUAUAAAUGUACUGACUUUGACUUAUUUGUUUAGCAAUAUUCUCUUAAAUCUGUUGCUCCGCGAUGACCAUAGUCAUAGCCUGAAAUUGGAAACUCACCGUAAAAGCGGACAGUUAAUGUCUACAACUGCGCCCCUUGUGGCAAUGUUGACAAUGCAACACGUACUUGCACUUUGUUGUGAAUUGCGGUUGGACAGAUUUUGGAACACAACUAUGUGAAAUCGAGCAGGUUUAGCUAGAAGCAUCUGAGUUCACGUACUUGCAUAGAGUAGGUUUUGGCCUUAAUGGAAGUCCACUCAGGAAAGAGGUUUUUGCAUCAAAGCAAAAACUGUCAAAAAUGUUACUGCUAAUAAACAUUAUUGCACUGUGUUAUUUGACUGCGUUGUACUGUUUCUAUAGCAUCCUGAAUGCUGUAUUUCUGCAUACAUUAAUAAACAAUGAAACUUCAAAGAGAUUCUCAGGACAUUGUCAACAAGCUCAUCCACCAAGUUUAAUUUCAAUUUGCAAAGCAUUGCCAAGAUACAGCUUCAUGUGCUAGAGGAAAUGGUUUGGAAUAUCAAAAAUCUAGUAACUUUUGUCAGGGUUAGUCUGAAGAUUAUAAGUUGUUUUUAUUUUUUACUACAUUACAUUUUUAUUAUUUUUUUUUACAUCAAAAUAAAGUGUUCACAAUAUGGAUGACUUGUUAGUGCAUAAGAGCCAUGCAGAUUUGAAAUGAUUUCACUCUGUUUAGUGACUAAAUAAUUUAAAAUGUAUUAGUAUACAGAUAGAUUUUCGUAAAAUGUUUAAUCCAUAAGUGCGUUUACAUGCACACUAAUAGGCAGAUAACCAUCACAAAUUGACUUAUUCAAAAAAUCUGACAAAGCAAAAAAACCGCGUUUACAUGUGAUUUCAAAAAAUCGAUAUUCUCUGCUUUUGACAUCAAUGCAUGAAGAGGCAUGCGCACUACACUUGCGUCCACUGGAUAAGCCGGCAAGAACAUCGGUUAUGCAACACGAAAUCAGGGUAAUGGGCAAAAAUCUACCCAUGUUGAUCGUUUUAUUUAUAUAAGCCUACGUUUACAUGAUCACACACGUUGUCGGCUUAUUAAGCAUAAUCGGUGAAAGAAUGUGCAUGUAAACACGCUCAUUGAGUGCAUUUACAUGCACACCAAUAUGCAGAUAACAAUCAAAUAUCAGCGUAUUCAAAAAAUGACAAAACAAGAUAACUGCAUUUACAUGAAAUCAUCGGUUUAUUCUCUGCUUAUCUAAAAGUCUAGCCGCGUCGAUUGCUUUUUGCUUAAACCAUUGAUGAUCUUACCCCAACAAAGGAAAACCGUUUAAGACAUUUACAUGACGUUAUCGAUUUAUUAAGCAUAAUCGGUGCAAGACUGUGCAUAUAAACAGUCACUGAAAAUGUACAAGUUUUGUUUUGAAGCACUGCCUGGAUACGGCCUCAUUUCGUAUUUGCCAAACAAACAACGAUAAAUAACAGAAACUGGGGAAUACCGUUACUGUUUAUUGAAAUAACAAAAGGUGUGAAACAAAUGAAGCAGUCUUGUGGUCAAACAUGUUAAGGACCAAGAAUCAGAGAUUCACUUUCAGAUAGUUACUAGACAGAUGACAUCAGCAGGCUGAAACAGUGAAACUGAUGAACCGACAAUAAACCUGACUCACACUUGUAAAUGUCCAGGACACAGAAGGAAUGUAUUCUGUCCCAUAUACUUCAUUAUAAAAACACCUGUAGCAGUCUGUAUAAACUACAGAACAGCACUUGAUAUUAUUAGUUAAUAUUAAACUGACAUUGUCUUUCGUAAUUUCUAUAAUUAGUUUGGCAUCUUUAAAUCACAGUCUCAGAAAUGACAAAAUAGUAGACAAAUAUAAUGUAAAUAAAGCUUGUUAACAAUAUGGAUGACUUGUUAGUGCAUAAGUGCCAUGCAGAUUUGAAAUUACACUACGCUAAUGAAAUAUACAACACUUUAUAAGAGGACCAGUGAGAGACAUUAAUAUGGACAUUUUGACAAAUAUCAGAAGAAAUUAAAUUGUCCUACACUGACGGAAUAUGGCUUUGAAGUCACUGUGACUUCUAAUUUUUGGGUGAACUCUCUCUUUAAGUCUUAAUAUGUUUGUGAUUUCUGCAUGGCAUCUGUCAUUAAGCAGCCUAUAGGCCUAUUUACAGUUGAAGUCAGAAGUUUUCAUACACUUAGGUUUAAUAUUAGCAAACUAUAGUUUUGGCAAGUCGUUUAGGACAUCUACUUUGUGCAUGACAGGUAAUUUGUCCAAAAAUUGCUUACAGACAGAUUUUUCACUUUUAAGUGACUAUAUCACAAUUACAGUGUGAAAGAAGUUUACAUACACUAAGUUAACUGUGCCUUUAAGCAGCUUGGAAAAUUCCAGAAAAUUAUGUCAAGACUUUAGACAGUUAGCCAAUUAGCUUUUGAUAGGCGGUGUUCUGAAUUGGAGGUGUACCUUUGGAUGUAUUUUAAGGCCUACCUUCAAACUCAGUGCCUCUUUGCUUGACAUCAUGGGAAAUCAAAAAAAAUCAGCCAAGACCUCAUACAAAAUUGUGGACCUCCACAAGUCUGGUUCAUCCUUGGGAGCAAUUUCCAAAUGCCUGAAGGUACCACGCUCAUCUGUACAAACAAUAGUAUGCAAGUAUAAACACCAUGGGACCACGCAGCCAUCAUACCGCUCAGGAAGGAGAUGCAUUCUGUCUCCUAGAGAUGAACGUAGUUUGGUGCGAAAAGUGCAAAUCAAUCCCAGAACAACAGCAAAGGACCUUGUGAAGAUGUUGGAGGAAACAGGUAGACAAGUAUAUAUAUCCACAGAAAAACGAGUACUAUAUUGACAUAACCUGAAAGGCUGCUCAGCAAGGAAGAAGCCAGUGCUGCAAAACCGCCAUAAAAAAGCCAGAUUGCAAUUUGCAAGUGCACAUGGGGAAAAAGAUCUUACUUUUUGGAGAAAUGUCCUCUGGUCUAAUGAAACAAAAAUGGAACUGUUUGGCAAUAAUGACCACUGUUACAUUUGGAGGAAAAAGGGUGAGGCUUGCAAGCCGAAGAACACCAUCCCAACCAUGAAGCAUGGGGGUGGCAGCAUCAUGUUGUGGGGGUGCUUUGCUGCAGGAGUGACUGGUGCAUUUCACAAAAUAGAUGGCAUCAUGAGGAGGGAAACUAUGUGGAUAUAUUGAAGCAACAUCUCAAGACAUCAGCCAGGAAUUUAAAGCUCGGUUGCAAAUGGGUCUUCCAAAUGGACAAUAACCCCAAGCAUACCUCCAAAGUUGUGGCAAAAUGGCUCAAAGACAACAAAGUCAAGGUAUUGGAGUGGCCAUCACAAAGCCCUGACCUCAAUC